GCUAUGGAUCCGUUUUUGAGCCUGCUGCACUCGUUCUCCUCGGGCCUGACGGAGAGCGAGCUCGGUUCUCUCAAGUUCCUGUGCCGGGACAAGAUCCCCAAGCGGAAGCUGGAGGGGGUGCGCAGCGGCAUGGACCUCUUCGGCUUGCUGCUCGAGCAGCGCGCCAUCGCCGAGGACAGCGUCGACCUCCUGGAGACCCUGCUGCGGGCCGUCAAGCGGCUGGACCUGGUGGAGCAGCUGCAGCAGUUUGUAGAGGAAGGCGAAGCCAACGCUCCCAAUCAGCCGGACCUGAAUGAAAAGCGUCUGCAGAAAGCAGCUUUUGAUAUCAUAUAUGAAAAUGUUGGCAGAGACUGGAAAAGACUGAUGCGACGUCUUGGCUUGCCUGAAGUGAGAAUUGAGAACAUUGAGGCAGCCUAUUCGAAUAGGUUGAGUGAACAAGUGUUUAAAUCACUUAGAGAAUGGCAGAAGUGGAAAGGAAAAAAUGCAAAGGUGGCUGACUUAAUAAAAGGUCUUCGGGACUGUUGUUUGAAUCUGGUAGCAGACAAAGUUGAACAGAAACUCUUGCAAAUGAACAUUGAAAAACAGUGA